CACGUAUACAUGUAUGUAUGGAAUGUGUCGUGUUUACAUCAAUAAAUUUAAGAUGUAUACAUAAUGACUUACUAAAGGUGUAUCCUGUAUGCAUAGUGUUAAAAUUGCAAAAGGAUGGACCCUGAAAAAGAAGUACCCUGCACUUCCAUUCAAACAGAAAUUGAAACCGCAUCCGCCAUCACUCUACUAUCUCUUAAAAAAGAAAUUGACGCUCUCCGCGCGACGCUGAAUGACGAAGAGAAAAAGAAAGACUCUCUGAACGCUGAAAUAGAUAAACUGAGGGCCGAGCUUAUCGAGGAAAGAAACAGACGAAAACAUCUUGAAGAAACAAUCGCAAGUCAACAAACUGAUCUUGGCGUAGUAAAGGUAGCGAUAACAUCUCAAGAACAGGGCCUUAAAGCUAUUCAAAGUAAAAGAAACGAGGAAAGAGAAGAGUUGAACGUUUUAGAGAAGUCUGUAGAAAGUCUUAGAUUAUUUAGUGAGGUUAAUAAAAGUUCAGAUUCUAUUGAUCCUUUAGAACCAAGUGGCAAGGGACCCCAUAUUGCAUUCUUUGCGCGGGUUUCUCCAACAAUUGUUGGUAUCGCACCAUGGGCGACUAUUAUAUUUUCGAACGUUGAAACAAACGAAGGAGGGGCAUACAACAACGCUACUGGAGAAUUUGUUGCCCCCAAAGCUGGCUUGUAUGUCUUCUUCAGCACGAUCCUGGCUGGUUGGGGACUUAUUAUUGAAACAGUCCUACAGGUCAAUGGCAACAGCAAAAUGCUAAUAUACUCUGGCGGAUCCGCGCAAGCGUCUGGUAGCAAUAUGGCAGUACUCCUUCUCAAAGUUGGCGAUGUUGUUAAAAUGGUCAAACACGGACCUUGGGGCUCAAAACCGUUUACAAUACAUCACAACUGGAGCACAUUUUCUGGAUUUUUAUUGAAAGCAGACGAAAUAUGCAAAUGAGAUGUAUUACGUAGACCGUGACGUUACCCGUUUUAACGGUUAGCCACAAAAAAAAAUCAAAAUAUAUUUGAACGUUUACACUGCUUAAUUUCUUUAAAGUUAAUUUAGAAUAAUUUUGCUUAGUGCAAAUUCAUUUUUAUUCGAUUGUUUUGGAAGCUAUAAACUUAUUGAAACACACUCGAAUCCGUUUCUUGGACCAACCAGAACUAAGCAAUGAGUGCAAAGUUCUUUUCUCAUGGAAACAACGGCUUGCCUCUGACGGGGUGUGAUCCACGCGGCCUUAGAUUACUAGUCCGACACCUUUACCACGUAAAAUCACGUCAAAUCGCCGCGAUCAUUUGGUUUCAUGCUGUGUCGUUAUAAUACAUUGGAAGCCCGUGGUCCAUUGGUAGAAUGUGAGAGGUCAAAGCAACUAAAUAUUUUAAGUGUCUUUAUUAGUGUUUUAUUUUUCGCUCUAGAAACUAGCUGAGAUAUGCAAAGGAAAAGUAUGGUUGUGUUUAAAAACAUACAGAAAUGUACAUAAAUGAUAUAUUAAUGCAAGUUAGAAAGUCUAGCUAAGCCAUUUUUUUCUUGUUCAAACGCAAUAAUGAUAUAGUAAAAUACUUAUAGUAAAAUAUCUUGAUGGUUAAAGUGUUUACAAAAGUGCAAAAAUGCGAAGAUGGGGUGUGACACUAUAGAUUAAUAAUAAUAACAAAUCGGAUGGAGAAAUGUUCUAAUACUCGUAUAUGAAAAAUAAAUAUCUGAUAUUAUAUAGAAAAGAAUAAAAGUUAAUUAAAAA